AUGGACAGACAGCAACCAUCAUCAGGCGAUUUAAGAGACAUUCAAAAGCAACACGCAUUAGGCCUUGAAAAGAGUCAGAGUAAUCACAGCAGCGAUGGUGGAACAAGCCCAGUAAAGCCUCCUUCGUUGUUGGAGAGACGUCAAUCAAACCAGAUACAAAAGCACAACAAUGCACAUCCACUGGAGGAAGAAUUCUUGGGUGACAUCUCACCUAUGCCAACUGGUGCUGAAAGAAUGGCUGCUUUAAGGGAUUUGGGCGCUACAUUUGAAGAAGGGCAGAGAUCGAUUGCUAAAGUGGCAACUCCAACAGAGACUGUAGUGCCUAGUUUUGUUGAUUCUGAUCAACUGGAGGGUCUACUGCAUAAAAGAGAUAACCCUAAUUUGACUGAUACCUGCAACAACACAGUAGCUCGUUGA